AUGUUCGGCUGUGACUUGGCUCAACACGUUGAAAACCUUUCGGUAGAACUUGAUUCUAUCGAAAAAUACACAAAUUAUCUAAAAAAUAUUAAAAUUGAAGGAUACGGAGUUUCUCUGGGCCUGUCGCCUAAAGUGAACAAACCUCAGAUAUUGACACGAUUAACCGAAAUGUCCUCCACGUCGGAGGACAAGAAUCUCUGCAUAACAUGUGAAAAAUUAUUAAGUUACAUCGAUAAGCUCCGGAUUCCCGAGACUGGGAUAUUCGUCUUCAGUGCCGAGAAACUUAAGAACCGCAACGUUGGCUACUUCUCCGUCUACUACCCUCCUUUCCCCUUACUGGAAAGCUAUGUGCAGUGGGGAGAAAAGUUUGAGGUUGCGGACCUUAUUUCCGUGAAGCAGCACGCCAAAGAAUGCGAGUCUCACAGACAAUCAACCGCCCCACACGAGGAAAACGCUCCUCGGUACGACUAUAGUCACCGCUCUGAUGACUAUAAUAGGCGUGAGAGGAACCCUCCUCGGUACGACUAUAGUCACCGCUCUGAUGACUAUAAUAGGCGUGAGAGGAACGCUCCUCGGUACGACUAUAGUCACCGCUCUGAUGACUAUAAUAGGCGUGAGAGGAACGCUCCUCGGUACGACUAUAGUCACCGCUCUGAUGACUAUAAUUGGCGUGAGAGGAACGCUCCUCGGUACGACUAUAGUCACCACCAUGAUGACUAUAAUAGGCGUGACAGGAACGCUCCUCGGUACGACUAUAGUCACCGCUCUAGGGACUAUAUUAGGUGA